AUGACGACUGCAGAGAGAGACACCGUAACAGCCAUCAAGGCCAUCGAGACGCUAGCCCGAGGCACACUUCUGCAGCCUAACCAUCGACUUGACCAAGCAAUCAUCAAUUCUGAGCAGAACGGACUUCCAUCCAUCGAGGUUGCCCCUCUGCAGGGGCAAUUCCUUGCUAUACAGUGCCAGCUUCUAGGCGCAAAAACCGUCCUUGAGAUUGGCACACUGGGAGGCUAUUCAACCAUCUGGCUGGCAGAGACUGGUGCAAAGGUCACAAGUAUUGAGAUCAACCCGAAGCACCGAGACGUCGCCCUCCAGAAUCUGGAUGGUCUCGACGCCGAGAUCAUACUCGGCGCUGCAUUGGAUGUCUUGCCAAAGCUUGCAGAGGAGGGGCGCAAGUUUGACAUGGUAUUUGUCGAUGCUUCUUGGGGUGAACAGGAGAAGUAUUUUGACUGGGCAGUCAAGUUAACCAGACCCAAAGGGUGCAUCUAUGUCGAUAAUGUGGUCUGGAAUGCUUUGGACAGCGGCGCGACAGAGGACGGCAAGCAAUCACUGCUUACUCAGGUGGGGAAGGAUGCUCGCGUCAGGGCAACGCUCGUGCCGAUGGUAUCGACGGCUCACACCGAGCACAGGGGAAGGAUUAUCAUUGAUGGAUUCCUGUUAGCAGUGGUAAACUAG